UUUGGUAAGUUAUAGUUUAUAUGAUAGUUAUGGGAUUGGAUUUGCAUUCACUUGUUAUAUUAUUUAUUUAUUUUAGCUUUCAUCUUGCAGAUGUUCCCAAGCUUUGUUUGAAUCUUCAUUUUUUUUUCUAUUAUGCUUAUUUAUAUUUUGAUAUUUCUUUGCUAGUUGAUUUUCUGGCAUUUCAGGAACUUGUUACUGCUUGGGUUGUCAUCUUGGCUUGCCUUGUCCAUGGGUUUGUUAUAGUCUUAGUUGCUAGUGAAGCUCAUGCAAUAACUCUGGCUGUUGAGGGUUUGUUAGGAGUUGUGUUUACAGUGGCUGCAUUAACAGAUGAAGCAAUGGAUGUUGGUGAGGUACUUUGACCGCGAUGUUGAAUGUGUCUUCAAGUUCUUUAGAAAGAGGUCAGUGAUAUUUUUUUCUUUUGUGUUGGAAGCUUUCUCAUCUGCUUCACUGACUUGC